GUUACCUCCUUCGGAACUUCACGAGUACGGCUAUGCUUGAACGUUAGCAUGUUGUCACCCGAUUAUGACUGACCUUUGAGACGGAGAAGGCACACAAUUUCCUUUUCCCUUGGUUUAUUUGUAGGUUAUUUAUUCACGGAAAAAGUGCCUCCGUGUUCGAAUUAUUAGUUUGUACAUAUCAUCAAUAAUUCCGUUGCAAUCAUUGCUUGGAUUACGACACUACUGAAAAGGAAAUUUUGGCACGAACAAUAUGGGACGUGAAAAUCGUCUUAUUCUGUUGUUAGUUCACGUUUGUAUUGAACUGGGUGUGCUUGUGAGUGGAGCCAUCGUGUACCCAUCGUUGCACUGGAGUUUUCAAAACCCCCUAUUUAAAAAUGGAAGCUAUCGCUUAAAUGUCCUUCCUGGAUCCAAAUUAAAUGUGAUCUGUCCACAUGUAGCAGUAUCUCUAGUGGAGAGAUCGGAUACUGAUACUGGUUAUAACUGCGAAAAUUUUUGGCGAGUAGAUUUUAACAGUUAUCAGACUUGCAAUGUGAACAAUAACAGCAUACCACAGAACAAGAUAUUCUUAUCAUGUGAUGAUCCACGUCAGAUGCAGUUUGAGACACUCGUGUUUCAGCCUUUUAACGCUGACCCGUCUCGAGUAUUCAAGAAAGGAAAGGUCUAUUAUUUCAUUUCUACCUCAACUGGAUCCUAUGAUUCAUUGAAGGGAAGAAGUGGUGGACAUUGUCUAAAAAAAAACAUGAAAAUGCAAAUAUAUGUUUGUACAGGACCUGAGGAUACAAACUGCACUGAUGAGAAACCUACUACUAAACCACCCCAGGUUGCUGUAGAAACCUUUAUAACAAAUACAACAUCAGCCCCAAGUACAGUUAGGGUGGAAACGACAAAGUUGUCUUCUUCAAAACAGCCAUCACCUCCUCAAACUAACAGCACUGAAACUGACAUACUAUCCCCUCAACCAAGUUUUCGUGGUCAUCCAACUUUAGGAGAUCAACCUCUUGCUGAAGCAAGCACAAAAGGAAAAGAUAGUUCCCACAGUACGAAUGGAACAACUAUACUUGGUGCUUCGCUGGGAAUUAUUCUGCUUAUUUCAAUUGGAUUCAACUGUUACUGUUUCUGGAAGCUGAGAUUACAAUCAUCAAAACAGGGUGAAAAAAGCGGUCCUCCCUCAACACCAACACCUGUGAAGCCGAGAUUACAAUCAUCAAAACAGGGUGAAAAAAGCAGUCCUCCCUCAACACCAACACAUGUGUAAUGAUUUCAUUCACAAAAAUGAUGUAGUUUAGAUAUAAUAUCAUCUUUAUAGAUAUCAGUUAAAAUUUAUGAUAAAAAAAUGGCAGUAAUUACUGCUAAUAAUGAUAAAAAAAUGUUUCAGGUUUGUAACACAUUUAAAUCUCAGUAAAUUUGUUAGUAUCGAAGUUUAGACAGUGUCCCAUUGAUUCAGUAAUAGUCAAGCUCUGAGUGUCUUGGCAAGCCUAUACAUUUAAUAAAAACCUACAGGGAGAAACAAUAUGUAUCUGGCUGCAAUACUGGGAUUGUUCAAAGCUCUCCUUGUUUCAUAUUCAAUGCCUGAAACAAACUGUAAAAAUCUGCAAGUCAGUGUCGAAGGGACUUACACAUUACACACUUAACUAUUUUGUAUUGGAGUGUUAAAAAGACACUGGCUCAAUGUGGACAGACUAAGCUGUGCUGCUUAUGGAAGAUAGGAAUGGUCUUUUUAUAUUGUGUUCACUUUAUUUAUGUAAAUUAAGAUAUCAAGAAAAAGAAAAUCACUAUUUGCCAAGGAUAGAACCAGUGGCUUCAGAAGUUGAUUGGGUUGAAAUCGUUGUGUCAUGUAUCCAAUUUUUAAAUAUCAAUUGAUUGACUCUUAGCUAUAAAGAACAGUUAGUGUUCAAGAAAUUAAUCCCUUGUUCAUAAUUUGUAAGAGAACCCUUUAUAUGUAUUUCAGUGGUGGCACAAUUGACAUUGUUGGCAUUUGUAUGUAAAUACCUACACCUUACAGGCCUUUGUGUUUUGACUAAUGUAAGAGCAUGUUUUGAAGAGUGAUUCAUGUAAUCUUUUUUGUUUUAUUUUUGGGAGGCCAAGUUAGUAUUAAGCAAGUAAAUUUCAACUGUAUAGUACUGUGUAGAAAUGAUUUAAACAUUUGCAAUGUUGUACCUUUUUGAAAAAAUUAACAUUUACAGUUAGAACUGUUGUUGGGUCCUGUUGUAACUGUCAUGAAUAAGAGAGGUGUCAAUACAGUCAAACCUGUAUUAGGCAGUCCUCCUGUAUUAAUCACUACAAUUUUCACCUCUAUUAAGUGGUCACCCUGUGUUAAGGAAUCCAUCUUGCCUGCUCAGGUAGCCAAUCAAAACACAGGAUUCACUUCCAAUUGCCCCUUGGCACUACCAGCAUUAUAGCAAUUUUUUUAUCACCUUUGUUCGCAUUAUGGCUGCUGCCAAUAGGGAACCUGUGAACUUUAUCCUAAUAAAAAUCUAAUAAUCUGAUAUACAUA